GUCAGCCACUCAGCGGCCACCUUGCCGUCUCCCAGUAACCAAUCACCGCUGAGGGGAGCCAUCCUUGAGGAAGCGAGGGGUCCUAUCUUGUUUACAUCUGGCGGCUGGAGCAGUGUGUCAACUGGAGGAGACAAUAUUAUUUAUGUCCACCAGUACAGGAUUAGCAGCCUGGGAAAGUGCUCCCUGGCAAGAUGAUACAACCCAGUUUGUUCAGGGAGGAGGAGUUGACAGCACAGCAGUUGGAGUCUGGCAAGGCUGUUCGUCGCUUCUCUUACCGACAUCGGCCAGAAAAUGGAAAGCUCAAGAUCAGGCGUGAAACCAGUCACAUCAUCUGGACAGCUGCACAAAGUGCCUGUGAUGUUAUUACUGCACUAUGUGAUAUCAAGGAAGUUCGUCCAGGAAAAGGCUCCAAAGAUUUCGACAAGUGGCCCGACGAUUCUCGGAAGGAAGACAAGUCCAAGUGUUUCAUUGUAUUUUAUGGGAAAGAAUUUAAGCUCAGAACACUUUCCAUUGCAGCUUUAGGGACAGAUGACUGCAAUGAGUGGAUCAGCGGACUGAAGUACUUGAUGAAAGAAGCACAGGCAGUUUCUUACACAACCAGACUUGAGCGAUUCCUUCGUACUGAAUUCUACAACAUGAUUAACACCAGAAGCAAGAUUACGUGCUUGGAAGUAAAGAACUUUCUUCCCAAGAUUCACUACAGGAUGAACACUACUCGACUGAGACUGAUCUUCGAUACUGUUGAUGAUACAAGGCGUGGGGAGAUUGGCUUUGAUCAGUUCUUUGAUCUUGUCAAAAAGAUCACCUGGGAUAGCCAAAUUGAUAGAACAAUGUUUUCUAAUACAAGUGAGUGUAGCAGUGUUACGGUGCUGGAGAAGUACAGUAGUGACAUGAUGAGAGUCACUCUGCAGGAGUUCCAGUCAUUUUUGGUGGAAGAGCAGAAUGAAUCGGAAUACCUAGCUGCCAGCAUCAUUAAGGACUUCCUGCAGGAUCCAGAGAGAGACAUCCAGGAACCAUACUUCUUUCUGGAAGAGUUUGUGCAGUACCUGUUCUCCAAGCCAAACGAAUUAUGGGACAAGCGACACAAUUUGGUAAACCAGGAUAUGACAAGGCCCCUCUCGCACUACUGGAUAGCCUCGUCUCACAACACGUACUUAACUGGUGAUCAGCUGGCCAGCGAAUCUUCUACAGAAGCCUAUGCCCGUGUUCUUCGUCAAGGUUGCCGCUGCAUUGAGUUGGACUGUUGGGAUGGGCCUGAUGGCAUGCCCAUCAUCUUUCAUGGUCACACACUAACAUCUAGAAUCUCCUUCCUCGACGUAAUCAACACCAUUCGAGAUCACGCCUUUGUUAAAUCAGAAUAUCCAGUUAUUUUAUCCAUUGAAGACCACUGCAGCCUUCCACAGCAACAGGAGAUGGCUCGGCGUUUCCGUGAGGUGUUCCGCGAUUCCCUUCUUACUUCUUCUAUAGAUAGUAAUGAACAAGCAAUGCCAUCACCUGAUCAACUCAAGAGAAUGAUUAUCCUCAAACAUAGAAAACUUCCUGGAGGGACGGACGAGUUCACGCCUCUAGCUGCUAAUGUGGACGAACAGGGAGGAGAGAUGGAACUGAGCAAGCUGAGUCUCAAAAGUGAUCGUCUCUUCCUCAAGAACCCGGUAGAUUCAACAGCUUGGCAGGCACACUUUUUUGUUCUCACUCAUGAUCGUCUCUACUUUACUGAACUUCAGAAUGAACAAGAAGCAGAUGCAGAUGACCAAGCUAGUGGGUUGAGAAUGCCCAAUGAUGUAAGUGAUGAUGAGCAACAUCUGCAAGAGCCUUGGUACCAUGGAAAGAUGGUGGGAGGCAGAACAAAGGCUGAAGAGCUCCUCCAGCAGCACAGCCACCUUGGAGAUGGGACUUUCCUGGUGCGCCACUCUGAGAAUUUUGUAGGAGAUCAUACGCUGUCUUUCUGGCACCAGGGAAAAGCUAGUCACUGUCGCAUACGCACUCGGCAGGAAGGAGACACGACGAGAUAUUGGCUCAGGGAUAAUGAUGCUUUUGAGAGUCUUCACGCACUUGUGGAACACUAUCGUACCUACCCCAUUCGUGCACAGGAUGUCUCGGUGAUCCUGGGAGCAGCAGUACCACAACCCAACAGUCACGAGCGCAUGGAGUGGUAUCAUGCCAACCUUUCCAGAGAGGAUGCGGAGGACUACCUUGGAAGGAUUCCCGAGGAUGGAGCAUUUCUUGUUAGACCAAGUGGAGAGCCGGGCAGCAUAUCCAUAUCAUUUAGAGCUGAAGGGUGUACAAAGCACUGUCGUGUCAAACAAGAGGACCAACUCUUUACAAUUGGAACUGCUACUUUUGACAGUCUUGUAGAUCUUGUCAAGUACUAUGAACGUAACUUCCUUUUCCGUCAUGUGAAGUUGCGGUAUCCUGUGACGGAGCAUGUUAUGCAGGGAUUGUUGGAACAGGAUCAAGUUGGACCCCCACAGCCUGGUGGUUAUGUAACAUACAUCAGCAAUAUCCAUGUGAAGGCCAAAUUUUCUUACAAAGCGAAGAGAGCGGAUGAGUUGACAUUCCCCAAACAUGCCAUCAUCCAAAACGUAAACAAGGCUGAUAAGGAAUGGUGGAAGGGGGACUAUGGUGGACUGAAGCAGCAUUGGUUCCCUGCCAUUUAUGUUGAAGAAAUUGAACCAGAAAAUAUUGAUGAAAGAGUAAUUCAAAAUAUUGGAGGUGACAGCCAGGUCCUGGGCAGCCAGCAGAAAGGGAGCCUCGAUCUACGAGGGGCGGAGGCCUCAGUUGACCGUUUCCCUGGCGACAACCGCUGGGGCAUCAAGUUCAUCAUCAGAUUGACAGCACCAACGCUGCCUCAGGUGCUGGAGAUGGGCUGCACGUCGGAGCAAGAAGCCAAGGAGUGGAAGGAGAAGAUUAAUUGCACGGCAUCGGUUGUUGAUGUGGUACAAACUAGACAACAGAGAGAGACGGAACUUCGUAUCAAGAAAGAACUCAGUGAUUUAGUAGUUUACUUUCGAUGUGUGCCUUUCGAUGCCGAGAAGUGCUUCACCCUUGGAGGUUGUCACAAUGAGAUCUCCUCCUUUCCUGAGCACAAAAUGGAAAGUCACAUACAAAGGAACCCUUGUGGUUUGCUAAAGUUUCACAAGAUUGGAUUCAGUAGAGUUUACCCACGAUCAACACGUGUCGACUCUUCCAACUAUAAUCCUGUGCCUAUGUGGAACCACGGCUGUCAGAUGGUCUCUCUUAACUACCAGACAGGUGACAAAGCGAUGCAGUUAAAUGAAGGAUUGUUUCUGCAGAAUGGGCGGUGUGGAUAUGUUUUGCGUCCGGACUGCCAGCAUGAUCCCAACUAUGACCCUUCAAAUUUGGACACACUACACACCACUUUCCCCAUUAGUCUUUCAGUUAAAAUAUUUGGUUGUCGUCACCUGAGUAAAUCUGGGAGAGGCUGCAUCUCCCCACUAGUUGAGGUAGAAAUUAUUGGCUGCGAGUACGACAACGGCCAGAAAUACACCACCAAAGCUGUUCAUGACAAUGGUCUGAACCCCAUGUGGUGCAGCAAUUUGAUAUUUCAUGUGCAGAAUCCUGAGUGCAGUCUGAUACGUUUUGUUGUCUACGAUGAAGAUGUCUUCAGAGAACCAAACCAGAUUGGCCAAGCAACUUAUCCAAUCAUGUGUAUACGAGAAGGCUACCGCAGUGUCCCACUAAAAAAUGCUUAUUCUGAGGAGAUUGAACUGGCAUCUAUACUUAUUCACCUCAAGAGCACAAGAGAUGAUGAAUAUGAGACACUGCUGAAACUCAGGGCGCAGAUCAUCGAGAUGCUGGAUGUGUCAAAACGCAAACAUGAAGAAGAACGGAUCUUAAUACUAGAGCGAAGAUUAAGCUCACUAGAAAAGGAUAUAUUAAAAUUUCAAGGGAAAUUAGCAGCUAAGUUUGAAAAUAUGAAGCUAGGCAUCACUACCUCACCACUCCUCAAAGUGGAGAUGCAGCAGUGUCACUGAGAUUGUAAACUGCACAUCAGUGCCAUUAGUGGCUCUAAACUGCCAUGUAUUUUAAGUGAUGCUCAGUUAAGCAACUGUGUUGCUGGCAGUUGUAAACUGCACAAGCCUGGCAUUGGAGGUUCUAAACUAAACUCUAGUGUUAUGUUGGUUGCCGCUGCGCAUUGCUGUCAUUUGCAAGUCAUAUCAAGAAUGAACGUAGCACACUGCUAACGAUAAAUAAAGCACUAGUGUGUUCCUCCCCCUAUCCAGUACAUCGUCUCCCCCAGUCCUCGUUCUCUCCCAUUGCAUUGUAGAGCUGGUGUUGUCAACGCCUGUCAAUUUCCAUCUGAGUUGGAAAUACUCAUACCCAUUAUAUCAUAACAUGUUUCCUCAGCUCUGUGUUCCUUCCCUCUACAGUGCAAUUGAUGUAUGUUGGCAUCAUCACAAGUAAGAGGUCAAGUCUCAUCCAUCCAGCAAUGCUUUGCCAUAAAUCAUAGUCACUUUAAUUACUCCAUCCAGUCCUAAUGUCCAGAAGAGUCUUAAUCAUAUCAACUAAAGUGAUGUUACAUUGCCAUCAUAUGGAGCAUACAGGUAUUUUGAGUGGUUAUCCGGAGCCUUGGGCCUGGUGUGGAUCAGCAGGUAUGGCUGAAGAGUGGAAGAGCCAUUCUGGCCGGGAGUGUAGCUUCAUUUCCCUUUAAGUCAACUUCUAAGUCAUUCUUUUAAUAUGUAGUGUAUUCUUAGUUUUACCAAAAUAUUUGUUUUUUCUAGUUGUGUGUAAACAGUGUUUAAGUAAAAAAAAUAAUAGCAAACCAAGACUUGGAUCAUUUGUUUGCACAAAUAUGAAAGGAACAAAGAAAGUUGGUAUGAAGGUAACUUGUCUAGGCAGGUGUUCAUCAGCAUUGUGGUAAACAUCUGGAGAAUUAUGCAAGCACACCAAUUGAGUCCCUUUCAAUUUUAUAUUGACAAAAAAUAAACUCACUACUUUAUAUUAUUGAUUAUGCUGACACAUGUGUUGGCACAUACUUUUUGUGCUAUUUGCAUGAAAUGGUAAUAUCUGUAUACUUGUACUUAGUGUAGUAGAAAAUAAGGCCAUGGAUUUGAUGCUCAUUGUUUCUUCCAUAUUUUCUAGAGAAACAUCCUGUUACUUUUAUAAUUAAUAAAAGUUUAUAACACAA